UCCGGCCAUCACGUUCCGGCACCGGCGGCGACGAUGAAGUACGUGUCCGGGCCCUACUUCGAGCCGGACUUCGAUCCGGUCCUCGACCGCUUCGGCACCCCAGGGGUUGUCGUCGACAAUGAGACGCGCGAGGACUGCACGCUCGUCAAGGUCGACAGCGUGAACCGGGACGGCGUGCUGCUGGAGAUGGUGCAGCUGCUCACCGAUCUCGACCUCGUCAUCUCCAAGUCCUACAUCUCCUCCGACGGCGGAUGGCUCAUGGACGUGUUCCACGUCACGGACCAGAUCGGGCGGAAGCUGACGGACCCGUCGAUCCCGGAGUUCAUCCAGCAGGCGCUGGUGCCGACCCACCGGCCGGGCAACGGGCCGUCGCCCAAGUUCACGACCUGCCUCGGCAACGUGGUCGGCCCCGGCGGCCCGGACCUGUCGGACUGCGCGUGCCUCGAGUUCACGGUGCACGACCGGCCGGGCCUGCUCUCGUCCAUCACGCAGGUGCUGGUGGACCAGGGCUGCCACGUCGCGUGCGGGCAGGCCUGGACGCACAGCGGCCGCGCGGCGGGGCUGCUCUACGUGACGACGACGGCGACGGCCGACGCGGCGGCGCUGCACCCGAGCCGGUGGGCGCGCAUCGAGCGGCUGGUGGGCGCCGUGGUGGACGCGCGCGAGAACGUGCCUGGCGAGCGGCGCUGGGUGUGCAUGUCGGCGCCCGUGCGCGGCCGCGUGCACACGGAGCGCCGCCUGCACCAGCUCAUGCACGACGACCGCGACUACGAGCGCGGCCCGGCGCCCACGCCCGUCGACGAGGAGCUCUUCAGCAUGGUCGACCGCGCCGCCACCACCACGGCCCUGUCGGCGCUGCGCGCCCGCGCCGCCGAGACGCGCGUCACCAUCGACAACUGGGAGGAGAGGGGCUACGCCAUCGUCAAGAUGACGAGCAGGGACCGCCCCAGGCUGCUCUUCGACACCGUCUGCGCCCUCACCGACAUGCACUACGUCGUCUUCCACGCCACCGUCGGGUCCCAGGGCCCCCUCGCCAUUCAGGAAUACUACAUCCGGCAUAAGGAUGGGCGCACGGUGGACAGCAGCGCCGAGCGGCAGAAGGUCUCCCGGUGCCUCGUCGCGGCGGUCGAGCGACGGGGGUCUCAUGGAGCCAAGGUGGAGGUUCGCGCGGCCGACCGGUCGGGGCUGCUGUCGGACUUCUCCAGGGUACUCCGGGAGCACGGCAUGUCGCUGCUGAGGGCCGAGCUCAAGAGGCAGAAGGACGAGGCCAUCGGCACCUUCCACCUUGUCACGGACUCCGGCGGCCAGGUGCGCCCCGAGGCGCUGCGCGCGGUGCGGACCAGGGUCAGCGACAUGGGCAUCUCGCUCGACAUCAUCACGGAAGCGCCUGGCUGGCCGCCGGUGAGGAAGACGAGCGUGCCGGCUUCGGCCACUGCCCAGGAGAGGCCCGGAUCAUCCCUGGGGACCCUUCUGUGGUCGCAUCUUGGGAAGCUCUCGAAUAACUUUGGCUACAUCAGGUCUUAGAAAACUGUUAGCCAGGCCAAUUGUUUCACCAGUUGCAUUGAAAUGCAGUGCUUUCUUGCUUUCUCAGAAAGCAGUAGUACAAUUUGUAUAUACAGAAAGUAUAGUAUGUUUGUCACUGCAAAUACAGUUCCCCUGGUCAUCAUUUUGCUCGCUCUUACUUCAUAUACUUCUGUGCAAUCCUUUGAACAAUCAACCAA